AUGCAGAGAAUAUUAGAGAAGAAACACUUCAGAAACAAACAGAAAGAGAUAGAAUACAUUUCGAAGAAAUUGCAAUCUUACGAUUGGAAGACUUACCCUCAUAGAUGUCUUCUUAUCUUAGAUGACUUUGCUUCUCAUCCUUUGUUAAAGAAUAGAGAACAAGAUAUGUGUCGAAUUCUUAAGAAGCUCAGACACUUUAACAUCUCAGUUGUCAUUUGUGUACAGACAGCAAAGAGUUUAAGUAAGGAUGUAAAGAGAAUACUUACUGACAUUGUACUUUUCCCCGGAUUGUCCGAAGACGAUUUCAUGGAACUUAUGAAAGAGUCCAUGGCAGGUAAGUUUGACAGAUAUGAACUAUGGGAGAAGUACAAAGUCAUACAAGACCCUCAUACUUCUUUCAGAAUUCAUAUCUACGCAAACAAAGUUCAAAUUGUAAAAAGUCAAGCUUGA